AAUCUGUUUUCCUAGAUCCUAAUUGUUUUGAAGUUGGAAGCCAGUCUUUUUUUUCUGUCAGUCCUGUGCUGCUUUGUGUUUUGCUUUUGGUUCAUAGACCUUGGCGCUUUCAGUCUCUCUGAUCGCUCCAUUUGUCGCAAAUCAUGCCGCCCUUUCAACCAAGAGAUAUUACAGAUCGCGCUCCUUAUUUCUCUUCCUUUGUUACGGCCUCAGAUGAUGAUGGGACUUCACCAUGUCAGAAUCCAAAUCAGUCAUGGCUCCCGAUUCUCGAGCACGACUGCGACUUCUCCUCGCAGGUGUUCGUCGACGUCAUGACCAAUCUUAUUCGCAAUCCUAAUCUGAAUUCGACUCAUCUUUUUCGAGCUGAUAUCUGGUAUGACAGUCUAGAAGGCUCUAGCUCUCAGACUGUGCAUCAAGAGGUGGAACACUCUGUAUCUACCGCCAAAGAUCUCAAUAAGCCACAAGAGAAAAGACAUGAUACCAAGGCAACAGAUCCGCCGACAGACGAGGUUCACAGUCUAGAUCUCUCUUCGACAAAACUCAAUCUUUCACAAAGUGAAGAGAGCAAAGAUGGACGUCCAAGCCACUCUUCAGACCAGCAUCCUUCCUCCCCACCAGAUCGUAAACCCAGGAAGAUACAUGUGCCUGGCUAUUCUCUACAACGCACGCUAGUGCGAGAAAUGAUCCCGCGGAACCCGCAAUUGGAUCGUCCACUUCUUCAAACCUGUCAUCUUUUCCGCUCCAUUGAUGGAGAUUGGGAUGGAGACGAUGGUGACGAUCAUCAUUUAGUUGUCUAUCUCCCGCAUGCGUCAGAUCCAGACAACAUACCUUGGUAUCAUCCCGCUGUGUGCGGCUUGGCAUUUUUCUACAAGUCCCGCGGCGCAACAACUACAAACGACUGCUCUUCAGAAAGCCCUCAGAGCCACGGCCACAUUAAUCAAAACCAAAAACAAGGCGAAAAUGUCAAAGCCACAAUAUCCAUCCACUACUCACUUUUCCCAACUCAACACCCCCCGCUCUCAACUCGGCUCGUCCGUACCGCCACUCAGCUUCUCUCGACCUUGGCAAAACACGGCCGCGGCACGGCAUCUGGCUACGUCAAACGUGUGCAACACGACUUGCUUAUCCCCCAGGCAAGACUUCAGAAUACUUACUCCCGCUUAAAACUCGCACAUGCGCGGCGCUUGAUAGAUGGCUGGGUCGAGCAGACCGAUCCGAGUAAACAUGUUUUUGAGGAUUUAGGGAUCGCCGCGUUUCUGAUCGAGCUGUGGCGGGACAUGUACGAUUGUUGUCCUGCCAGUGAAGCCGACAGCAGCAGCAGUGGUGCUGAUAAAGACGCCGAUCAACCCGGCGCCGUGGUUGAACGUACCAAAUUUCCAGGAUUCGUCGAUAUCGGCUGCGGUAAUGGUGUCCUAGUGGAUAUUCUUCUCCGCGAGGGCUACGAGGGAUGGGGCUUCGACGCGCGGAGCCGUCGCACGUGGGAUGUGCUGGGGGAAAAGACUAGUCAGAAACUGAAAGAAUAUGUUCUUGUGCCGGGUAUUAUCAAUCCCGGCCUCUCCAGCUCAAACACCAACACCAAUUCCAAUUCCGUUUCCAAUUCCAACGAGCAAAACAACACGAAUCAGACCGCAUUGGAGCAUGAAGAAGAAGGAGGAGGGGGAGGAGGAGGAGGAGGAGAAGGAGAAGACACCGUGCCAUUCCACAAUGGGACAUUCCCCGCCGGGACAUUCAUCAUUUCCAACCACGCGGACGAACUGACGCCGUGGACGCCCCUAUUAGGAGCUCUCUCCGGUUCACCGUUUCUCAUUAUUCCCUGCUGCAGCCAUGAUCUCUCGGGAGCAAAGUUUCGGGCGCCGGCCGUUCAUGCGCUUGCUGCGCAAAAGGCUUCUUCUGCGUCCUCGACGGAUCAGAACAACAACAAGAAGCAGAACCAUACUCAGAAUCAGAAUCAGAAGCAGAAACAACCAAACCCGCAACAACAGCAGCCGUCGACAUAUGCCUCGCUAGUAGCAUGGGUCGAGCAUAUUGCGCACGACGCAGGCUACAUUGUCGAGCGGGAAAUGCUCCGUAUCCCCAGCACGAGAAACGUGGCGCUGAUUGGACGCAAGUUCCGCUACUCUCAGGAGACGGUGGCGGUGUCGCCUCCUGCCGAUGGUUGCGAAAGCGCCAGGCAUGAGCGCCAGGGCCCAGUAACUGGAAUGAGGCAAAAGGUGCAGAGUCCACAGACAAUCUUGUUCCGCGAAGGCGGUGCUGACGGAUGGGUUGAGCGCGCAAUGGCACUACGCAAAGGGAAAAUCCGGAGCCAUUAAAAUAUAGUCUUGUUUCUUCUUGGACGUGAUGUUCUGUUCUUCAUUCGGGACUCUUUUGGCUAGCGAUACUUCUGUCAUUGUCGUGCGGAAUUACUAAGAUAAAAGAAAAAGGAUAGAGUGAUGGGAGGUCCGGUCAUAGGACUAUAAUUGCGCCAUAUACCCAUGGGACGCGGACUCAAUAGUUUCCAAAGAUAUGCAUUCCCAAAGCUCGCUCGCUGCAAAUACUAUGUGACACAUGAAAUAUAAAUAUGGAUAUCUAAAGAAAUUGGGAAAUCAUUGAGGGAACAGUCGGCGCUAGAGUAUCAUCAU